GAAGCAAAACAAACAGUGAAGCACAUUGCAUAAUGUCUGAUUCAAGCGAAACAAUUCAGGAAAUUGCUUUUAAGCUUAUGCUUGAGCAAAAUAAAAACGAUAAAAUUUUAAAUGGAACUACUGAAAGGACGAUUUUUGUUCUCGGAUCUAAAGGAGUGGGAAAAUCAACAAUGAUCAAUAAUUUCCUUGAUAGGAAUGAGCCAAUUAGGAACACGUUAGCACUCGAGUACUCGUAUGCUCGGAGAACAAACUUGAGUGGCCAAUCGAAUCAGAAAUUAGUUGGUAAUAUUUGGGAAUUGGGAAGUUUAGCAAACUCAAGUCAAUUGAUAGAUGUUCCGAUUAAAUCACACGGUCUUCAUUAUCUUUCUGUUGUCAUAAUGUUGAAUUUAUCAGAACCAAGUGAAUUGCUUAUAGAUCUUGAGUCAGCAUUGCAAGGAUUGAAGCAGUCAAUUGGAAAUAAUUAUAGUGAAUCGGAAAUACGAGAAUUUAGAGAGAAAGUUAUUGAACGAGAUUCUCAUAAAGAUCAUCCAGACAUAAACACUUUGGAAGUCAUGCCAUGUCAAACGGUUAUUAUUGGUGGAAAAUACGAUCUGUUUGAGAAUUUAGACUCAGAAAUUAGGAAGCACGUCGUGAAAUUUCUACGAUCAAUUAGUCACACACUGGGCGCAUCAUUAAUCUUUUAUUCCAUGAAAAUUCCAUCGCUUUCAAAGACUGUACGCGAUGUUAUGAGUAAUCUUGCAUUUAAUUCUCCACAGCAUCCAAUUCGAGUACAAAAGACGGAUUUUAAUGAGCCAAUUAUGAUCAGUGCAUUUAAUGAUUCAUGGGAAAAGCUUGUUGUUAUGCCCAGCAAUAGUGAGCGAAUCGGCAUCCAAUUUAGUUCUCAAAUUGAACAAAAUCGAGAGAAGAAAGAGAAUCAAGAGAUGUCAGUUAAUCCUGCGAAUGAUGUGAAUUUCCGUGAAACUAUAAUCGAUGACUUGAGGGCAAUGAAGGAUGAUGAGCUUAUAAGAUUGAUAAAAAAUUCUGAAAUUAAGCUCAAAUUUGAUUCCUUUAAUCUUGCCAACAGCCCAUUUAAUUAUCUCAACUAGAUUUGUGUGCAUGGAUAAAUAGGAAUGAAUAUUGGCAAGAACGGUAGGUUGUAUUUUAGAACAGGAUAUAAAUUAAAUAGGAUUUUUGAUUUUAGAACAUAAACGAUAUUUUAAAAAAAAAAUACAAAAUAUAUCACUGUUGUUUGAUUUUGUUGUAUAAUUUGAACCAAGUAUCUAAUCUAGUUAUGAAGCUAUGUUCGUAUGUUGGAUGUAGUAUUUGGUG